AACAACAGUGCUAUGGCGGCUAACCAGUGCCACUUCUUACCCACAGAAAACUAACGGGAGUACUUUCGAAACGAAGACGAAACAAGAAUAAUAAGUGGGAAGGUUGUCUGUAAGAAUGCCAAGCGUGGAUAUCCCAGUCAGCCUGUCAGAGGCACUGGAGAUACGUGGGGCACCACUCCAGGAAGCAGAGGUCUGGGGAGUCCUCUGUCAGAGUGGUCAAGCCCUGCAGAACCUCUUUGUUAGAGGCAAGGCCUUCUCUGUUGAAGGUCGUAUUUUCGCUAUCAGUCCAAGCACACUGCUGCUUGGGGUCUCUGGAAGAGUUUCUUUUGCUGAAUCAGAUCCCGUUUGGCUAAACAGCAUCUACGUGGCCCCUGAACUACAAGGCAGCAGCCCAAUCUCCCAGUCUUCACUGGAAAAGAUGUAUGUGUAUGCUCUUGGACGAUCUCUCCAGCAAGCCAUUGAAUAUGGCCAAGACACGGAGAGGAACGUCAGUAAGGAUUUGAAGUCCUUACUUUCUGCCAUGUGUGAAGAAGAUGUUGUUCUUCGCAUCUCCUUAGCUCAUGUUCUUGAGACAUGUGCUCUAAACUGGCAAGAGCAAGGCAACAAGCUGCCGUACUCCCACUAUGUAACCAGACUGCACCACUCUGUUCUGGGACCAAGUCCGGACAAGAUGGAAGUCAGCAAUGACAGCAGUUAUGGUAGUGAUCAAAGCCGCCAGAGCACUCUGUCACACCAGUCACGAGGACACAGAUUAUCAGCCAGACCACGACGUCGCUACCAACAUGACCUUAGUAAUAAAAGCAGGUCAAGGUCAAGGUCACGUAGUAGGAGUAGAGGUUUGUGUGCCCAGAGCUCUUGCAGCAUUAUGCAAUAUAUUCUCUUCCAAAAACCCAACACAAGGCUGUCCAGCAUGGAGAUGAACUGA